GGGUUGGUGUUCAAGAGUAGAGGGUUGAGGAUCAUGUCUAGCAGGGUGGAGAUCGGAAAGAAGGCUCGAGAUAUAGAGCCUUGGGAACUAAGGCAAAUGCUGCAGGAUCCGAGUAGUGAUAUUUUGGAUGAUGUCGACGCCAAGCUCCAGAAAGGCCAUAAUAGAAUAAUCGUGGAACUUGAAUUAAAACAUAAAAAACCUCAAAACGAUUUUAUAAAUAAGCCAUCGUUACCCAAAUAUUCUGAAGCUCUGAGGGAAUUACGAAGAAAAGAAUUUGUUUUAAGAAAUUCAACUUUAACAAAUCUUUGGAGAAGUCCUAACGUACGCUCUUUAUACAACUUAAUUCUUGCUUUUUUUGUAUUCCUGUACCUGCACAUCGCUAUCUUCUAUUACUUUAAUGUCGAACGGUUAACAAGAGAUUUAGCAUUGGUUUCAUGGUCAUUUGGUCAGUUUCACAUUGUUACUGCCGUAUGGAUUGGCAUCAACUUAUCGAUUGUUUUCUUUUUACAUCCUGUCUUUCGAUUCUGGGCUUCUUCUAGAGCAUUUGCGAAGAAGAAGGGCCUUUAUGAUUUGAUGUUUUGCAUUUUAUUCGUUUUGUAUGAAGCGGCUUUGCUGAUAAUUCCACCAAAAAUAAUCAUAGACUGCAAUAUACCACGCGCAUCAUCUUGCGCGUUAGUAAUGGAACAGGUCGAUUAUCAGUAUUUCCUUAGUGUCUGUGAAUAUGUACCUCCUGAUAAACAAGCGAAUAGCUUCAACAAGUCGGGCAUUGAACCCAUACCCAUCACUCAUUUUGUGGGUUUGUUGGCUAUUGCAAUCUUCGCAGGAAGUCCCACGGGGGAGCACCUCGUAAUUGAAAGUGAGAAGCGUUUGGCAUGGUGGUUGGUUCUCGCCACCCUUGUAGGUAUACAAAAUGUUGGGGGGGCUAGUUCCCAUCGAUGA